AUGUGCACCCUCCAUAUGAAUAGGAAGUUAUGGUCUGAUUGGGUCGGUGUUGGUCAGUUUGUCAACUUACACUGUUAGAAGCUUGAUUGCAAGCUCUUCAGUUCAAAUGCUUUUAUGUUUGUGCUAUUCACAUAUGCUUAUUGCUGAUGUUACCUCUAAUAAAUACUUGUUACUAAAUUUAGAUAGUUUGCAUUAUCAAGGGGAAAAAAACGACUGCUGAGCGAUUUAAUGCAGUAUUGUUGUUGUUUUCUUCUUUUUUCUAAAAACACAAUUGGGUAAUCUCUAAAUCCUGGACUGAUAGGGUCUUUAGUUUUAUUCAAAAGCAUUAUUAAGACACAAGAGUUAACAUAACUUUUAGAAUAUUUUUUUUUGGUUGAUAUAGGUGGAGUCGCUAUUGCCAACAAUCUGCUAAAUAAAUGUCACAUCAACUUGCAAGUCCGAGACGUGAUAGAAUGCGAUGCCCAUGUUUUUGUUUCUCUCUAUGAAGCCAUUUUAGGAGAGAAAGUUCCAGGUAAGACCUACGUUUUACUAUAGUGUAUUCCAAUGAGAUUAUGUGUGUGUUAUUAUACAUUGUUUGGCAAAAUCUGUUUGGGCUGAUUCAUAAAUAUUGAAUGUUUCCGGCCCCAAAAGGUAGACAAAUUAAUGCAAGGAGCCCACCCAAAGGAUAAUGAGGGUACAAAGCCCAGAGACUUCUUGCACCAUAACUACAGUAAGCUGUUUGGCACGAUUAGGCAACCUUUGGCAGACUAAAUUUACCGUAACGCUUUUACAGCUAGAAUUCUGGCAAAUCCUCCAGGAAGACGUAAUCAAUAUCUGUAGUUCACCAAGGUUGCAGACUCCAAUCUGUAGCAGUUAUACUGCUUAGUGUCUACUUUACACAUUUUUGUAAACAACACAUGUAUGUAUAAUGUGUGAAGAUCUUCCUAACUGUCGGCAAUCUGUGUUAUUAAGCCAUGUAAUUUAUUUGUAUAUUUUUGUAAAACUUUUUUUUUUUCCUCUCUCUGCAGAUUAUAUUCUGAGCUCUCGGGGUCCAGAAGAUGACGCACACAAUGUCCAGUCUGUAAUUGACUCUCUUGCACUUGACUAUUUACAAGUCAGUCUAUCCCAUAUAACAGGUAAAACCUAAUCCUUUGUAGACAAUGGGCACAACUUGAAUCCUUGUUAUUAUUUGUGGGAUAAUUAGUCCAAUAAUCUUGAGCCAUGAAAUCAUCUUUGCAGACCUGACACAAUGAAUUGUAUAUUGUAAGCAAAAAAUAGUAAAAUUGGAAAAGCUCUCUGAUUUGAAUGUAUUCCUUUCUGUUCAGGGGAGAAUAUCGUCAGGGGAGACGCUGAAUCAAUUCAGAAUCUGUUGGAAAUUUUUGAUGGGUUAUUGGAAUAUCUGACAGAACAAAUCAGCGAAGUAUCUUCUCAGAAUGGAGGUGAGAGCAUCCAUGGGACUUUCAACACAUUUCCAACUUGUUUUGGAAUUUGAAGACUUGACCUGUCACUCUGAACCUUCUGCUUAUCACACAUGGCGACUAUGUAAUUUUGUUUUGGUUUUUCCAGAUGAUUCGGACAACCAUUUCCAUUCCAGGGUGCAGCAAGAGGGGAUUUUGAACGGGCAGGGUGGUCUAAAACCUCCUCCGUGUGCAGGGUAAGUAUACAUUCACUGCUGUUUACUAAACACUGAAUGGCGACCAAAUAAUAAAAUAAUCUAAUUGAAUACCACCCUGUUGCAGUCAUCUUGGCAGGUUUUCAGCUCAAUCUUCUGAAAUCUCUUUCCCAUCGUGGGAUGUGGAUGGUUCGGAAUCUACCGCUGAACUAAUCAAACUCGGGGAUACUGCGCACACAUUCACUGUCCGGGGUGAGUCCUCGCUUCAUACAUGAAACAUUGAUGGAUUGCCAAUUAAAUUGUUACUGCAAUGCAUUUCUUCUCGAUGGGGAUAACCGCAUACGUGUAAAUGUCUGUACACACUUGUGGAAAAGCCUAUACAAAUAUAUUUAUAUAAUGUGUUGAUUUGAUGCUGUUAGUAGUCCACUCUGGUAUGAUUUAAGAAAUUCAGAUUUUCUCAUUUCAUGCGAUCUCUGCAGGAUCGGAUUUGGAAAGAUUAAAGGUUUCAUUGAAAGACGACAAAUCAGUCUCUCAAAAGUCUUUACGUGACCGUGAUCGAUCCUCAUCACCACAAGCGCCAAGGGGGUCUUUCCAUAAUCAGGAGUCGCCCAAAUCCCGUAAGUAAUUGUGCUGUCUGCAUUGGAGAAUGAUACACAGUAAGGGCCCAGCAGCUAUUUAUACAUGUUAAGCUAGCCUUGUUCUGCAGGAACUACUUUUGUCUUUGUUUUUGCUAUCACAGUGAUUCCAUAUAUCUAUGGCUCUCAUAUUGGCUGGAGUGAUAUGUAAUCUGUCAGAUGUUAUAAGCUUGCUCAGCUGGACUGUGUCCCUUUGCCAGUGUCUCCUUGUAGUCCGAUCUGAUCACUGUGAUAAAGUGUACAAAAUGUGUGCAACUAUGAACCGUUUAGGUUAAUUGAAUUACUUUGUUUUUCAGGGUCUCGUGUUCUGAAUGGUGUGCAUCUGGGUGAAAUGAGGAAACCGGAAGAAACUCCUGCAACAGCUAUUCCGCUAAACCCCCCUUAUCAGCCUGACCAAGCCCAUCACCAUCUUUUGGCCACUACAGGGAGGAGUGGGGAGCGCCUGCCUUCUAUUGAAGGUACCUAUAAUGUUUCAGUAUCAGUCUUUAACACUAAUCCUAAUUUUGAACAGGUUUGAUAUUGUGUCUAGUAAGCUUUCAGCAGAUUAGUAAUAUUUUAUUAUUUCAAUAAUCCUUAGAUGGCAGCGAUCGAACAAUCCACAGACCUGAGCAGCGGGAUUUGCAGUGUGACCCAACUGGUUUAGCUGAGGUGAGCGAAGACUUGAACUAUAAAAUUUCAAAUUGUCCUCAUAAAAUGAAUCUAUUAAAGCUGUUGAAAAAAAUGUCACUCGGGGCUUGAAAUAAACUAAAUACAAUAAUAAAAAGUCGAAAUGGAGGAAGUGUGUACAGAUCAAUAGCGCUUAAGCGCAGGGCUGUCUCUCACCAUGGGCACGCUGGGCAGUUGCCCGUGGGCCAAACCACGCCUUUUGAUCCUUUAAUCUCCCCUGCCGGCCCAUGGAGAGCUGGGCCAGGGGAGAGAUCAAAGAUCUCACUCACUGGCCCAAAGACAACCUCUGGAUAUGACGCGGAGCAUGUGCACUCAACUUAUUUGGUCGACCAUGGCGAGGCCUGUUCUGAGUGGAACCUGUCCUGUAAAACUGCUAUAUGGUCUUGCACGCUGUGCUGCAGCUCAGUUUCAGGGUCUUGGCAAUCUUCCUAUAGCCUAUGCCAUCUUUAUGAAGAGCAACAAUUUUUUAAAAAAAUUUUUUCAGUUCCCCUGAGAGUUCUUUGCUAUGAGGUGCCGUGUUGAACUUCCAGUGACCAGUGUGAAAGCGAUAACAGCAAAUUUAACACACCUACUCCCCAUUCACACUUGAGACCUUGUAACACUAAUGGAUCACAUGACAACGGGGAGGGAAAAUGGCUAAUUAGGCCCAAUUUGAACAUUUCCACCUAGGGGUGUACUCACUUUUGUUGCCAACGGUCCGGGCCGGGCCGUCCAUAGACAGUGCUGGAGCCAUGGCAGGGCUCCAGGCUGCACUCUGACAGGGGCGGCAUUUUCAUACUUUGAUCCAGGCAGCACAAUGUCAGUGUGAGUUAUUUUGAAGGGGACAGCAAAUUUACACUGUUAUACAGUGUCCUUGCCUGGAAAUUAUAGACCUGUGAGCUUAACUUCUGCGGCUGGUAAAAUAUUUGAAAGGUUAUUAAGGGAUAAUAUUCAAGAAUUCCUUGAGAAGAACAUGGUUAUCAGCAAAAAUCAGCAUGGUUUUAUGAAGCACAGGUCAUGUCAAACUAACUUGAUUGCGUUCUACGAAGAAGUAAGUAGAAGUAUAGAUCAGGGUGUUGCAGUGGAUGUGAUUUAUUUGGAUUUUGCCAUGUCAUUUGAUACAGUUCCACACAAUAGAUUAGUGUUCAAACUCAAGGAAAUCGGUCUAGAUGAAAAUGCUUGUUCUUGGGUAGAACAUUGGCUUAAAAAUAGAGUACAAAGAGUUGUCAUUAAUGGUAAAUUUUUAAGCUGGACAGAGGUGGCAAGUGGUGUCCCUCAGGGGUCUGUUCUGGGACCCCUUCUAGAAAAAGUUCAGAGGCGGGCUACAAAAUUAAUAAAAGGAAUGGAACAUAUCAGCUAUGAAGAAAGGUUAACAAAUGUAAACCUAUUUAGUUUAGAAAAACGUCGCCUGAGAGGGGAUAUGAUAACAUUAUAUAAAUAUAUUCGGGACCAAUACAAACCAUUGUGUGGAAAUCUAUUCACAAACUGGACUUUACAUAGGACACGAGGCCAUGCGUUUAGACUGGAAGAAAGAAGAUUUCGUCUAAGGCAAAUGAAAGUGUUCUUACAGAAAAAAAAAAAAAAAAAAAAAUCAGGAUGUUGAGUUCUCUGCCUGAAGAAGUGGUUUUCAGAGUCCAUACAGAUGUUCAAACAGCUACUAUAUGCAUACUUGCAAAAACAGAAUAUUCAAGGAUAUAAUCUUUCAAUGUAGGGUAAUAACUGCUUGAUCCAAGGAUAAAUCUGACUGCCAUUCUGGGGUCAAGAAGGAAUUUUUAUUCCUAGCUUGUUGCAAAAUUGUGCUUAAAACUGGGUUUUUGUUUGCCUUUUGGAUCAACAUCAAAAAACAAAUGUGAGGAAGGCUGAACUUGAUGGAAGCAAGUCUCUUUUCAGCUAUGUAACUAUGUAAAAUACAGGCUGUACACUUACUACUUUACCUUGUAGCAGAGUGUAAUUUCUUCAUUGUCAAAAAAAAAAAAAAUGUGAGGGGUGUACGCACUUUGGUGAGAUAAUGUAUGUAUUGCAUUUGUUGGAGGUACCAACAAAUAUAAGCUUAAGUUUAUUGAUAAUUUACAUUUGUAUUACUGUGAGUUGUGUAGGCAGGGCCCUAGGUUACUGCUUUCCCUGGGGGCCCAUUAUGCUGUUGAGAUGGCACUGCUUAAGCGUAAACUAGCAAAACAGCAGCUCAAACACUUUUUUGUGUGGGGAAAACCUUCGUUCCCACACACCAUGUUAAAACAAAGCAUACAGUGGCAUACUCUGAGUAAAACGUAGGGUUGCUUACCCUUAACAAUCUUGAAAGGUAUAGGUGUAUAUAUCCCAAGCCCAGAAAAAAUAGAGACAGAAUAUAGUGCAGAUGGUAACUCUGCACUUAAUGGAUGUACAUCGAAAAAGGUCAGACCACUCACAUGUAACAGAGCCUAAAUGAAUUGGCUCAGUAAAUAAUGUUCUUGAGCUUUUUAGCGUAGCAUCUCACCACUUCCUCUGGUCUGAUGGAACACUCUCAAUAAAGAGAAAAGGGUUGCCUUCUGUAUACCUUGAAAUAGAUUAGUUUGCGGCAUAAAAUAAACUUUUUUUAUUUUAUUUUAUUUUAUAUAUCUGUGUAAUUAUACAUCUUUUAUGUGUUCUUUUACAGACCUCUCCUUUAUGUCAUAAGAAAGUUGCCUUUCGGACCUUGCCGGAGAUCCGCUUUAUGACUCAAAGCACACAAGUAGACCAUGACAGUUGUCCGUCAGCUAGUGAGGAAGAAGAAGGAAGCGCAGACUCUGCAGGAUUGCGGCUUAAUGGUGCCCAUCGCACAACCAUGUCUGAAAGUUCCCUAAGAGAGUGAGUAUUAUAACCUUAAAAUAUUAACAGUCUAACAGAAGCCAUUACUAUAAUGUAAAUUCUUCUUAUUUUGGUAUUUUCAAUAAGCAAGUCAUGUUAUUAUCCAAAAUGCCUGGCUCUCAUAGUAACUGUUUAUAUAGACAAUAAAAUAGACAUUCUUAUUCACUUAACGGAUUCAUUUUACCUUACUCUUCUAACCCUAGUGGUUGAUUCAAGCAAUGUCGUCUUGUUUUUCCAGUUCUCUGAAUUCUGAUGGUACACAAAGACUUUUCACGGAAGAGCCCAUCUCUGUUCAGAGAGCAAGGAACAGGUUGUCCGAGCAGGAGCUGAAGGAAAUGUCUGAGAAGCUUGCCCGUCGACUGGAUGCCCUGGAUCAGGUUAGUCUGGCAUCGGAAGUUUUAGGAUGCCUCCACAAAUAUUCCGAUUUUUGCAGAUGACCUAUUACACUCUUCUUGGGAGCUGUGUGUAGAAUAACCCCUUUUUGUGACGAACAGAUGUUGAAAAAGGCAUUGGGUGAGCAAGGGCUUGAUACUGAUCUGAAGGAGGAAGAUAAAUUAUCCCAGCAUAGUGACAGCAUUAUGGAAUUUCGCAGGAAGAAGCAGCUGCAAGGUAAGAAAGUAGAACCUGACCUCUCCUGCAUGCAUUCACAGCUAGUAAUUCACCAAUGCUCUAUGAAUGGGUAACAAAUUUAAGUAAAAAGGCAAUUUGUUACAUAUAGGCCAAAGAGUUUGUUAAAUGUAUUUCCUGAUUAAUUUUAUUGUUUUAUUUAAUUCUUCAAAAAUCCUUGUGUGGUGAAUAAACUGCAAUUUCUCUUAAUUGGCAUGAAUCCCCAGUUGUAGCCACUCUGAUGUAUGUUUUAAGAUUACACUGUUACCCACCAUAUGCUAAGGGCUUUGUUUAAUAAAACGGUGGGGGGGUGUGUGUCAGUAGGGAUUUUUAAGCCCUUCUGCACCGCGAGGGAGGGGGGCACUGUAGGGAGCUAUAGUGCCAGGAAAACACCUUGACUGUAAAAUUAUUAUUAUCAUUUAUAUAGCGCCAACAGAUUCUGUAGCGCUUUACAAUAUUUUGAGAGGGGGGAUGUAACAAUAAAUAGGACAAUUACAAGAAAACUUACAGGAACAAUAGGUUGAAGAGGACCCUGCUCAAACGAGCUUACAGACUAUAGGAGGUGGGGUAUUAGAAACAUUAGGACAAGAAUGAGAUGUUUUAUGCAAUAAAUCUGUAUAGGGGGCCAGUGUCUGUAGCAUUCUGUGUUGGAUGAAGCACUUUAAACUCCCAUAACACCCAGCACAUGGAGAUAGACUGAAGUGCAGUCCAUUAUUCUAGAAAUAUAUUCUAUUGAUAGAGCAUCAUGUGGUCAUUGGGGCUUUUCCAGGGUUUCUGGAUAUCUGAUCUAAUUUAAAAAAAUAUUUUUUUCGUUGGUAAAUGUUUGCUCUUUUCCCAGCUGUCCAGCACUCAAAGAAACUUCCCACCAGGCCGCGGUCUCUGUCUUCCUCUCCAAUACCCCAUGUUCCCUCACUCAGUGCACAGUUUGAGGAUGUACUUCAUAAAGAAGGCAAGGGCGAGAUGGGCCGGAUUAGAAGAGAGGUGCAGAAAGGGCUGGACCAGCAGCGAGUAAAGUCACAGGUGGGUGUGUGAUAUGAUGUAAUUAGAGUAUGUGAAGGAGAGACGUUAAAGGAACAGAAACCUAUAUUCCUGACCCUAUAGUAUUAAUAAAACCAUGUUCGCCUCCCACCCCCCCCUUGUUUGUGUGAAGGUUUUGUAAUAAAUAUAUUUAUUUUUAAUUUUGCACAGAUGUUAAAUCAAGCCUACGAGGAGGAAUUGAAAGAUUUGGAAGACCGAGAAAUGGCCAAAUUGUCCAAAUUAAAAGCCAGAUUAAAAAAGUCGGUAUGUUACCCCCAGUGAAAUUACAUGCGUGUCUUGCUGCUGCUUCUUUUUAACCAUAUCCUAUAGGUUUGAGUUAAGCCCCUAUUUUAAUGCAUUGUACAGAUGAACUUUUCCAGGGUUAUUCAUUGAAUCUUGACAAUUUAAAAGUGAGUUUACAGUUUGUUCAAAAUUACUGAAACCAUAGCUCAAUUGGAGCCAUUUUUACAGUUCCUCAAGUGUGGCCAGAAAUUUCCAAUUCAGUUCACACCGUAGAGAAUAAUCCUGUUUUUAGUGCAAACCUUGUGAGCUAUGUGGAUUGCAAAGGAGACCUGAAAGGACCAUGAGAACUCAUGUUACAGGCUCACCUUAAGACGGAAUGAUCAAAUCAUUUUAGCUUCUGAGAUCCAUACCAGCAGAAUACAGGACCGUCCACCACAAGGCGUGCAAAUGCUCUGUUGAAGAAAACCAGAGAAUAUGAGAACUCUGAGAACAGACAAAAGCUUAGAGAAACUCAGUAGCUUGCCCUUCGGUACAUCCCCGCUCAGGUCUCAAAAUAGUUUUUGCUCACUUGUGCCGUUACAGAGAGCUCUGUUCUACUUGUGUCUCCUGACGUCCAGUGUUAUUACAUGUAGCAUGGGGGCCCACCAUUCCCCAUGAUGCUAAGAAAGCAUUUUUGCUGGCCAGUAUCAAGAGAUCUGUAAUCCACUGGAACGUGCAAGAGCAAAGCAAUACAAUCUACCAGUUUGAACAUUUGGCCAAAAACCUCUCAGUGGUGUGGUAUACAGUGAGUUUGUUGUUGUAUUUGGGAGAUAUAACUGAACACAAAAUUGCUCCCUUUUUAAAUUUUUUUCCUUUCUUCCCCUGUAGUAGCACAUAUCAGGCUAUCAAAAUUCAAAGGUAAAAUUCCUAGUUGUUGAUGUAGAUUUUAUAGAAAGAUACCUGUUUGAAACUUGUUGGUUUAUAGAAUCUGCACAUCGUGGAGACUUCCAUUAGUGAGUCCUCCCGGACUCAAAUUGCACCUGUAAACCCAGACAAGUGUGUUAACUAAAGUGAGAAUUCUCUGGAAUUCAACGUUCAUCUCCGUUUUAAAGGGACACUCCAGACCCUUAAACCACUUGCUGAAAAGCUUUAUGUGAAUAGUCUCUUAUUUUUUUACAUUUUGCAAAAAGUGCAGAUUUUUUUUUAUUUUAUUUUUUUCUUUCUUUAUUAAUUAACCUAGUUAGACCUUCCUGGCUGUCAAUCAGAUUAAAGAUUGUUACUUCAUUGUUAUUUGGCUCAGUGGAGCUAAACGCAAGAGGCUGCAAUUGCCCAGAGCACUUGCCCUGCAAAUACUUCUCAUUGAGCUGCAUUGGGAAGGCUGUGAUUGGACAGCCACAGAAAGUCUGGGCAGGGUUAGAAGGGGAAUUACACUUUUUUUUUUUUUUCAAAAGUCCUCCAGUGCAGCUACUUUGGCCUUAAAUUUUAAAUUAAGCUUGACUUCCCAACAAAUCUCACUUUAACCGUGAGAGACUCCGAUUAAAACCUGAAAAAUGCUGCAUUUCCGUUGUGCACAUUUGUUACUUAGUCUGUAGUUGGUAUUAUCCUAGUUCUCCUUAAAGAGUGAAAUUAAGUGUUCAUAUUAAUCCAAAAGGUAUUCUGUGUUCAAGCUUCUGUCAUUUUAAGUCUUGAUAUGAAUAUUGUCCUAACCUGUUAAUGUUUUCUCCCUGGAAGGAGCAAGAAUGUAAGGAAAAUAUAUUUAAACAGCCGUCAAAAAGAUCUCAAGCAGAGAGAAUUUACUCCAGGAAACAGACUUCCCGUAAAAACGGGCAGCGGCCACCGUCUAGCCGUCCGCCUACACAAAGUAAGAGUCGGCGCGAAACAUACAGAACUUCAUGAAUGUUAGUUAUGUGGAGAGCUGGAGCGUAAGGUACCUUUUAGUAACAGUGUCUGUUCCCUUUCAGUGAAGAUCAAGGAUAACGACAUGCUUCCUGUGCUGUUGGACGAGUUUCCCCAUCUGCAAAUAUCCCCCCACACACUGAAUACCAUGUGGAAGGGGCAGUCCGUGCAGAUUGAGCAGCUUAGUAAGGUUGCUGAGGAUGAUGAGCGCAGUGAAAGACGGCUGCAGCAAGAGGUAAUGCGUUAGAGUGCUGUGGGAACAAACUGGAUACCAUCAGGGUUGUUAUUCACUAAAGGGAGAAUUGCUGGGUAUUCAAAUUGUAGUGAAACUGGAAUAAGAACUCCAGGUCCGUUAUUCUUCUAGUUUAGCUUCUACUGGCUUUUAAUUUGAAACUCUUUAGUGAAUAUCCCUCCAUGGGUUUUAUGGCUCCUGAGUCUUGGCUUGAGAGUGUCUUCUAAAUGCUAACAGGAAUCUUUGUAACACUGUAUGUUUACUGUGGUUAACCUGUAACCUUCAGGGUGGCCUUGGUAGUUUGCUUCUAUCAAUGCUAGCUGGAGAAACCUCGUGUUAUGUGAAACUUUACCAAGAACGGUCCAGUCCUCUAAAGCACUGAUCAUCGUUCUUGUCUAAGUACAUCUACAAAAUUAACCCAGGAUGGCUCACUAAUUACCAUGUCUCUGGCUUUUUGCAGGUAAAUGACGCUCACAAAAAACAAGAACUGCUGGUGGACCUUAUCAAAAAGGAGCAGGAACAUAAGCAACGUCUGGUUAGUAACAUUUAACCUGAAUCUUGUGCUCUAUACCCGCUACUCUCACAUUAGUUGGGCUCUAUACCCGCUACUCUCACAUUAGUUGGGCUCUAUACCCGCUACUCUCACAAUAGUUGGGCUCUAUACCCGCUACUCUCACAAUAGUUGGGCUCUAUAUCCAUUCCUGCUAUGAAACCCGAGCAUCCCAAAUCCAUCCUUCCUUGUAGCCAGCAGCCACCAGAAUUUCCUCAGUUUCCCCUGCCCAAACAUCAUUCCCUGUACCCACUACUACUGCAAGACUAAAACUCAGUUCUGAGUUUGUUAGUCUUGCAGAAGGAAAAUGUCUGUCUCUGCCACAUUUUGGUUUUGUUUAAUUUUCCUUCCUUCGUUAUCAUUUUCCUUACUUUGUAGAAAGAUUUCAAGGAUCGAAUCAGACUUCAGAAAACUGCUCAGAAUAAAAUGAAGGAGAAUCGGCAACAGGUAGCCCGCGCUAAGCGAUACUACAAUGAUUACCAUGUACAGCUCAGAGCAAAAAUGAUGAGGGCGCGGACCCGAGAAGAGCGGGUAAGUACCAGAACUCCCAGUGUACCAUCGUUGUUAAGUUCUACUCUGUGAUUCUGGAAAGGGGGAUUCUUUCUGGGGAUUCUUUUAGCAGUUGUCUAUUUAAGCCUGGGGGUAUCGAUAGACUCGUUUGAUUACAAUUGUAGUGAAUGCAUUGUUGUUCUAUGUAAGCUAGAAAUGAGCUGAAUUGUUCUUUCUUCUCGCCUUAGAUUGUUAAGAAACUCUUUGCUGAUGGGUUGGAGCUGCAGAAACAGAGACUUCGAGAAAUGCGAUCAUAUGCAAAGGAGCUGCGAGAGGAGCAGAGAAAGCGGCAUAAAGAUGAGUUGGAGUCCAUGGAAAACUACUACAAGGAUCAGGUAAGAAUGCACGCUUUGCUAUUUACAGUUGGCUACUAAAAAGACUUGACAUACCCCAUUUUCUAUACCUGGGUUGUCUGCAUUUGCAAAGGGUAUCAUGAUGGUGUUUAUUUUCAUUUCUGGGCAACAUAGGCCCAGCAAACCAAUCUGUCAAAUGUCAAUGUGUAAAAACUGAAAUGGGCAAACUCUUUAUUUAACCCCAUGAAACCUGUACUUGUGGGACAUCACAGCAUACAAAUAUGUAUUUUAUUGCAGUAAAAUCUCAUGGUAUGACAUUCACAGUUAAAAUGACAUGCAGAACAUGGAAAAUUAUAUUUCUUAAUUUCUCACAUGAUUUAAAAAAAAAAAAAAAAAUUUUUUUAUUAGUAUUGUUUCAAAUAUAAAUAUUUGAUGUGAAAAGAAAGCCCUAUUUCAUAUUUAAAUAUUUGAUGUGAAAAGAAAGCCUUAUUUCAUAUAUAAAUAUUUGAUGUGAAAAGAAAGCCCUAUUUCUCCUGAACAAAAUGAUGCAUAAUAAGUGUGGAUGCAAUUAAUAUGAAAUAAAUAAAUGUAUGCUUGAUUGGACAUAGAGUGCAAAAUCCCGGUUGUGUUAUGGUUUAGACCUUUGACUAUUGUCCCCGUCCUUAAGGGGUUAAGGGAGGGUAACCAGUCCCUAUCGUUUUUUUUUUGUUUUUUUUAUAUAGGUUAAUAGUCAUAUUUGGUAGAAUGUGAAAACUGUGGCCCCAACUCUUUUAUCAUAGCACAGUACAAGCUCCUCCCACUCCCUCAAAGACUGUCCAAUUGGCAAUGAGCAAUAAAAGCCUGAUACAAGAUUGUCACAUGAUUCCCAACCUUGUUUGAGAGUAAUACAUUUUUGAUGAUCUGAUUAGAACCAUAGUGUAGUAAAUAACACUGUGUGGACAUUGGAUAAAGUGUUUUUCCUGUCUGGUUUUAGUUUUCAAUGCUGGCAGAGGCAGUUACUCAGGAACGCCACAAUAUUGAAGUCCAGGAGAAGGUGCAAGGAAAGGUAAAUAUCUGCGUGUGUUUUUUUUUUUUUUUAUUGUCCCCAAGUUUUGGGUGACUUCUGUAAAGUGUACAGUAUGCUGUAGUGGUUAUGGUGCUCUCUCAAACCAUUUAUGAGCAGCUGGACACCAACCAUCAAAUUAUCAAAGUUUCAAAAAGCUUAUUCUUGGGCCACGUUUAUUAUAAAGGCUACCUGCACCAUAACUCUGCUCCUUGAAUGGACUGUGGUGCAGUCAGGUUCCCUGCAUACUGGUGGACAUAACUGCAGUUUAUAAGACUUGUUGCAGCUAGAAUUCUGCUCCGAGAGGCCCCUUUAUAGUGACCAGUUAACUUCCCUCAGUGAAACAAUGUGGCACAAGCGCAUGCAGAGCAGAAGCACUAAUGCCCACCCAGACACAUCACUGCAGAGUGUGGAAACUCCGAGAGCACAUAGCAACCAAAAUGGUUAAUCCACAGCCAUUCUGUCCCACUCAUUCUCUUUAACCCCUUAAGGAUACAUGACAUGUGUGACAUGUCAUGAUUCCCUUUUAUUCCAGAAGUUUGGUCCUUAAGGGGUUAAGCAGUAGAGGAUAAACUACAUCUCCCAUAAACCAGUGCAAGUGUAGCAGCGCUGGGAAUCGUUUUUUUUUUUCUUUCCAUAAUCUGUCAUUUCCUGCCUCUCGUAUUCCUUUAAACUCUAACCCAUGCAGCAAGCAUAGGAAAGUGCACUCUACUUACAUUGUUUAAACACUCUGCAGACUCUCCAGAAAAUGAAGAGGGAACUCCGAGCAAAAAUGGAGCGCGAGAUCCAGGAGCUACAAGAAAUGAUUAUAAAGGCAGACGAAGACGCGUUUUUCCGGGAACUCGAUGCUGACCGUUUAAAGAAGAGACUUGAAAUGGCAUCAUUUCAGUACAGUAAGAGCCACGGUCUGUAGUUUUGCCAAACUACCAGCAGAGGGCACUGGAAGUUAUCUUUCAAUGAGCGCAGAUACUGUUUUAAUUCUUUACUUGCUGUACUACAUGUUGCUAUGCAACACACAACUGCUGCUUUUAUAAUUUGAUCAAUUUACUGUAACUUCAGGCACAUAAUUGACAAUGAAAUAAGUUCCUCCAAACUCUAACUUGUAUUAAUAAUGUAGCCAAAUGCAGAAGUGCCUUAACGUAAACGGAGUUUGUAAAAAUAACCGUAAAGUACCAUCACAGGAUUUUUGUAAUUUUUGAUUUUAACUAUUUAUUUAUAUUGGGAUUUUAACUUAUUUUUUUAUUUUAAUCUGUCUUUGAUUCACUUUUAAAGUAAAAU